AUAGCUUUCUUCCAUUAUUUAAGCAAGUGCGCCAGUGUAUCUUCUCACCAUUCCGUACCAUCACAUUCUGACGCAAGAUGCAGCUCCUAGUGGCAGUGUUGCUUUCCGUCAGCUUUUCCAGCAUUGUGUUUGCCGAUGUAGUUACUGUACAUCAGUGUAAGCAAGGACCGCUACCAGUAGCGGUCGAUGUGACCGGAUGUCGGACAGCACCGUGUGAACUACCCAAGGGACAGGAUGCGGCCGUUCUCGUCGACUUUACGGCCGAUCGACACCUGACGGCCCUGGUGCCGAAAGUGCACGCUAGCUUUGGUGGAGUGACGGUACCGUUCGAGCUGCCAGACGAUCGGAAAGAUGGCUGCCAGUGGCUUGUAGGGGGCAUGUGCCCAGUGUCACGGGACGAAGAUGUUACGUACGAGCUACGUCUACCAGUGCUAGCUGUGUAUCCUUCGAUGAGUCUCACCGUGGAGCUGCAACUGGUUGAUCAAGAUAAUACAGUUGCUACCUGUUUCCAGCUGGAAGCGAAAGUAGUCUAAGCCGCAGAACACGUUCUUAAGGCCGGGCUACAUUGACCGUACUCCUGAGUGUAAUUUCGAUUUUCACUAGCGCACCUGGCGGCGGCUGGUGGAAGCUUUUUUUGGUCAUCAAGGGAAUGGUCGUGCCGGAUCUCAAAUUUAAGUUGUUUUUUCACCGUUUUUUGAUGCGAAAACGGAUGAAAUACUUGCACAACAUAUUCAUCUAUCAAUUACAAAGCUUUUUCAGUCCAGUUAAGGUAAAAAACAUGGAAAAAUAACAUAUUUUCUGGAGCGGCUCCAAAUUGUUUGGCAAAAUGCUUCGGUCAGCCGCCCCCAGAUGCGCUAGUGAAAAUCAAAAUUACGCGUGCGAGUACGAUCAAUGUAGCCCGGCCUUUACACUUUUCAUUGGAGUGGAAUCAAGAUAAUCGAAAAGAAAACAUUUGAAUAUCAGGA